AUGGCCGCCUCAGGUGUUUCUACCACUGUUCCCUCCUCAUCCACCACCACCACCACCAUCAACUCUUCCUCCUCCUCCCACAACAACCAGACGUUGCAGCAGCAACACUCGUCGUCGACCUUUUCGCCCGUCACCUCACCUCUCGCAACCGACGCUCGAAGCGUUUACUCGGCCGCAUCUCGCUCCAACUCGGUUGUCUCGACCCCCCUUUCCGCCGCUUCGCCUGCCGCGAGCACACCCGGCGGUCCUCCCACACCAAAUCCGAGCGGACCGACAAAUGCCUCCCACGCCCCGCAUCAACUACCUGCCAUCAGACCGAACGCAGCUCAACAGCCCAUCUCAGCCAGACCGCCUCAGGUCGUGAACAAAAUGUCCAUGGCCUCCGUAAUCAGUCCCCCGCCCGUCACCGAGGCGCCCAAGAUGUCCAUGACCACCAAAGAAUGGGUCAUCCCUCCCAGGCCCAAGCCCGGCCGCAAGCCUGCCACCGAUACGCCACCCACCAAGCGCAAGGCUCAGAACCGUGCUGCUCAGAGGGCAUUCCGCGAGCGUAGGGCCGCCAGAGUUGGCGAGCUGGAGGAGCAGCUCGACGAGAUCCGCGAAGGUCACGAAAAGGUCGAAAAAGACCUCAAGGACAAGGUCCAUGGCCUAGAGAUGGAGCUGCAAUCCUUCAAGUCCCGCUGUCUUGUUCUCGAAAACAUGCUGGAUCGCGAGAGAAAGGAUCGUGUCAAAGCCGAGUCUGAACUCGAAAGCCAGAAGAGACGUUGGAACGAGCAGCAGGCCGCCGCCCCCAGACGCUUGCCGUCUCCUCAACGCCGAGACUCAACCCACAUGGAAGACUCUCCUGCCCCGUUUGGAUGCGGGUCAUGCGGCCCUGAAGGAUGCUCCUGUGCCAACGAAAUUCUUGCCGACACCGUCACAGGAUGUGGCGGGUGCACUCUUGGAGGUCGAUGCCAGUGCCUUGAGGAGACUAUCAAAAGCGCCAUCAUCUCGGACCUGAAGAGAGCCCCCUCGCCCUCGGCGCAGACGUCCUCCGAGAAGCGUGCCCGCGUCGAGCCCACUCCACCUGAGGAGGAGACGGAGAUUGACUUCACCGCCAUGUUCUCCAAGAAGGCAACCGUGCCGCAGGUGCAGCAGCAGCAGCAGCAGCAGGCGAACCUUGCCAUCGUACAGCCCCAGCCCCAGCUCCCUCCCGUGGCCUUCAGGGACUCGUGUGGGUUUUGUAAGGAUGGAAGCUACUGCCUCUGCGCCGACACCGCAAUUCUCGGCCCACCCGCCACUACCCCUUACGGGCCUCCUCCUGCCUAUUCCCAGCAGGUUCAAACUCCCCCUCCCUCAGAGAACGAUGCCGUCCCUCCUCCCAUGCCAAUGGAGAUCGAUGCCGACGGCGCCGUCAAGCUCCGUCCCCGUCCUCAGACCAAUCAGCCCGUCUCACGCGGCUGCGGUCCCAAAGGCCCCGGAUCCUGCGCCCAGUGCCUUGCCGACCCCAAGUCGGGUCUCUUCUGCCGCGCCCUGUCCGCUAACUUCGAGCGUAGCGGAGGAAGCGGCUCCGGAGGCGGCUGCUGCGGCGGUGCCGGUGCUGGAGGCGGAUGCUGCAAGUCCGAGUCGGCGCCGCCGCCACCCCGUCUCCCCUCAAAGGGACGUCUCGGGCUCAGCCUGAGCUGUGCCGAAGCCUAUCAGACCCUCUCCAGCCAUCGAAACUUUGAAAAGGCCGCCGACGACAUUGGCUCCUGGCUUCCCAAGCUUCGCGCCGCACCCAAGCCGGGCCAGACGCUGCCGUCCCCCUCCCGUUUGCCCAUCGAGGUCGAGGCGGCGAGUAUCAUGAGCGUGCUCAAGGACUUUGACAUUCGCUUUGGCAGAGGCCAGUAA